AUGAAACCCUCCGGUCAUAUUGAUAAAGUGAUGCACAGAAUUGGUGGAGAAGAAGUUCUAAAGCAUCGAUUACGGUUGAAAACAACAAUUAUGGUUGUCAAACAGUUGGCUUUACAAGAAAGUUCUUUUAGAGGGCAUAAUGAAUCUGACGAUUCUUUGAAUCCGGGGAAUGUUCUAGCUUGGAUUGGUUUUGCAUCGAAGUUGAAUGAUCAAAUCAAUAGUGUAGUUCUUCGUAGCGCACCAGGGAAUGCGAAAUACACUUCACUAAGCAUUCAGAAGGAGAUAUUGGGAAUCAUAGCAAAUAGAGUGCGUUGUAAGAUACGUGAGGAGAUUGGGAGAUUCUUGUUUCUCUAUUCUUGUUGA